AUGGACAGUCGAGUUCAUGCCAUCCUGAGCUCUUUGUGGCCGGCUGCGCGUCGGCCCUUGGCGCCCUUCCUGGUGCUGGGCGUUGACAUUCUGGACGCCUUGGACUUGGCCUCCUGCGAGGAGGCUUCGCCGCCCGCGACCUGGGAGCCAGAGCCCGGUGUGGCUCAAGAAAUUGACGGCAACAGAGAGCUCAGAGAGCUUCCGGGCCCCAUCCCGCCAAGUGCUGCACAGGAGAUUGGGCAGACACUGGCGGAGACCAUCCCAUUCUUUUUGCUGUUAAACUUUGCGGGCAAUGGAUCAGGCCCUUGGCGCGACCGGCCGGCGCAGGAGCAUCGCUCCUUGGCAAAGCUUGCGACGGCCCGAGGUGUGCCUUCUGACACCUCUGAGCCCAGGAUGUUUCACAGCGCUGCCGCUGUCAUCGCGGGCGCUGCAAUCGACUUGCUGGAUCGGCAAUAUCGGGACAGAUUUGGAGGGAUCGUGAAUGGCGUCCUGAGCCGUGAAGGGCCAUGGGUCAAUGUGCCCUCUGCCCUGUCGAAUGCAAUCUUUGCAAAGGACGUUGAGAUGCCAGCCGUGCUAUUGGAGGAUAGGUCGAGACGGGCUAUCGGCUGUACUGAUACGUCGUUUGGCAGUGGCUUAAAAAUCACGGCAUCUUUUAAAGCUGCUUCCUUCAGCGAGAUGGACAUUCGAGUUCAGGCCAUCCUGAGCUCUUUGUGGCCGGCUGCGCGUCGGCCCUUGGCGCCCUUCCUGGUGCUGGGCGUUGACAUUCUGGACGCCUUGGACUUGGCCUCCUGCGAGGAGGCUUCGCCGCCCGCCAUCUGGGAGCCAGCGCCCAGUGCGGCUCAAGAGCUGGAUGGCUCCAGAGUAGGGAUUGCUGAUGUUAUCCCGGAGAAGACGGGCCAUUUCCUCAUCACGCCAAGCCCUGGACAGGAGCCCGUGGAGGGUGUUUUCCGGCUACAGGGCUGGCAGGGGCAGCCAGAAGGUGUCUGGAGAGAAGGAAGAUGGCUCCCGGGAAUGCCAGCACCUGUAGCCCUCCGCUUUGAUCCCUUCAGAAGCUGGGAGGAUCUCGGGCGGACCUUAGGUCUCCGCUAUGGCUUUCCGGACCUGUCGGACCAUCACUACACCGUCCCAUUUCUGUUGCUGUCAAACUGUGCGUGUUCGGCACUGGAUCAGGCCCUUGGCGCGACCGGCGCCCCUCCGGGCUUUGUUUUGGCACAGGUAGCCGUCACCGGGUCUGUGAUCUUUCACAGCAUCGCUGCCGCUGUCCUCGCGGCCUUCUCCAUCGGAAUUGUCAGUCGCUUUCCCGAGAAGCAGUCGCGCAAGCCCAUGCAGCUAGCUUCUGCUGCUCUGGCGCUUGGCGCAGUGCGAGAGACAGUGAUGGUAAACCUGGACAAGUUCAGCUUCCUUGGGGAUGCAGCAUUGCGGCUCUUCAGCUUGGUCCCCAACCCUGGCACGACGGCAGUCGCAUUGCACUAUCUGUCCGACGCGAUGAGCCUGCCGCUGAUCGUGGCUUUCCUCGGAACUUUCUCAAGCGAAUCGCAAAUGGUUCGAACAGGGCUCUGCUGCGUGAUGCCAGCGACGAUGUUUAACCUUCUGGCAGCGGGGUCGGUGCUCGCAGUGACUCCUGGACACCAAGUGGGACUGUUGGUGGGAAGCCUGGGAUCGAUGGUCUAUCUUUUCUGGGGGCUGAGCCACAUCGAAGAGACGGUACCAGCCGCAGACGCGGAGACCUUCAAAGAGGUCCGGAUGAGCAGCGACCUGCUACGCAUGACCAUGUGUUUCAUUGGGAUGGUCCAGGUUGGCGGGGUCACGCAUUGCUUGCCACCGCAGUGGCAGCACCACCUGUUGACCGUGCUGGAGUGCCUCCUUGUCGGCGUGUGCCAUCUGCCAUUGCGGGACCGUGGUGAAGGCCAAGGCAUCCGAGUCAGGCUGCAGAGCCCUGUGCCGUGA